CAAAAUGCAGAUAUGGUCGUCGACCCUCCAUCCCCUAUUGCGAGACAUGAGAAGUGGAAAAAGGCUAGGACAAACAAAUUUGGACAAAUGACAUCUGCAGCAGCUCAAGAAAUCGCAGACAAAAUUGAUGAAUUACAAGAACAAGCUAAACAGGGAGCUUUUGUCCCACAUGGUCGUCAAGACAUCCUAAACACUGCCAUUGGUCGUCCAGAGCAUCCUGGACGUGUUCGUGUCGGUGGACAUGGUGUGACCAUAACCAGCUACUUUGGACAUGCUUCCUAUGGGUCCCACAAUUCUUCGCCUACGAUCACCGCUGAAAGAUUGGUUGAAAUCAUACAAACUAUAAAGCAAGAGGUGAAGAAAGAGGUAGAAGACGAGAACAAAGACCGUAUGGACAAGAUGAAAAUGGAGUUGGAUGCGAUCAAGAGUGAAUUAUCCCAAAUUCAUACGCAACAGUCAGCUCCCCCAAGACCGUCUAACCCUGACGUAUUUGUUGCACGUGUUAGCACGAAAGAGAGUUGUGCUGAAGUUGCUAAUAAUGUUGUUGGUAACGAGCGGUCUACAUUUGAUACAUGUAGUAUGGGCUUCUACAUUGUUUGUGGUGACAGUACACAGCUGGUGGCAGGGGGAAAGGUCUUUGGAGUAGGUGGCACGAUACACACUGUUGCUUAUGGAGAUGAUGUAGUAAGGGUGUGUGUUGACACUGUAUACGAUGGUGAAGCCAUUGUCCCGUUACCCACUUCAGAGAUUCAGUAUGUCAGGGACGCCGUGAACUCAUUCAUUGGAUGGCCCAGACAUCUAGUGAAACCUUUAUCUUAUGAUUCUGACCUUAAUGUGCGGAAGCCAGUUGAACAUAGUAGUGAUGCAAAGCUUGCAGGUGAAUUCGAUCCAUUGGGAGAGUUGAUGAAGAUAUUGUUUUAUGUGUACCAGAAUCCAGUGGAAGUGUCGUGGGAGGCGAACCAAUUUGGACUUCCUGAGAUUGGGGCAAAAUUUUACAUCACACAUGCAGAUCUAGCAGAAAUAAUAUCAGGUGACAAGUGUUUAAACAUAGCGAUACUACAAUUGUGGACCAUAUUUAUGAAUGAGUGCGGUAGAAGCAAAGCUGAUCAGUCACUAUAUGGUUUGCUGGAUUCUCAAUCUAUACAAAAUGCUAAGGAAAGACGUCAACAAUGCCAACAAUACAUUGAAACAUGGGUCAAGGAAUCACAAAGGCAGUUGUAUUUAGGAGCUUACUUGCAUCAGGCACAUUGGCAACUAUUUGUUCUCCACCCAAGGGAAAACACGGUCGUUUGGUUUUGUUCUCUAAGGAAGAAGCCUGAUAUUAACAUCAAAGGCGCAAUUAACAUGUUCUAUUCAAAUAUACAAAUCAUGGCAUCCUUUAGUUGGUAA